GUUUUUUUCUUCCCUUUUGGUUUUCUAGGGUUCUAAUCGAACGAGCGAGUGAGAGCUCUAGCCGCUCUAGCAGGGGAAGGGAUCGAUCGAUCGAUGAGAUGAGCAGCAACGCAUUGUCUAGGGAGGAGGAGCACAUAUGGCGCUACCACAAGCACGAGAUGCAAGAGUAUCAGUGUGGAUCCAUCCUCAUCAAACGCAUCAAUGCGCCCGUGCAGCUGGUGUGGUCGCUCGUCCGGAGAUUUGACCAACCGCAAGGCUACAAGAGAUUCAUCCAGAGCUGCACUGUGAAUGGCGAUGGCAAAGUCGGGAGCAUCCGAAACGUGAAUGUGGUAACGGGGCUUCCAGCCACGAGCAGCACCGAGAGGCUGGAGAUCCUGGACGAGGAGGAGCACAUCUUUAGUUACCGGAUCCUUGGAGGAGAUCAUCGACUCAAGAAUUACUGGUCUAUAAUCACGCUCCACUCCGAGAUGAUCAACGGUAGGCCCGGGACAUUGGCGAUCGAGUCGUACGUUGUGGACACUCCCGAAGGGAACAGUAAGGAGGACACAUGUUUCUUCGUGGAGACAGUGAUCAAGUGCAACCUCAAAUCAUUGGCGGAUGUGUCGGAGAGGCUUGCGCUGCAGACAAGCGUCGAGCACCUAACUUUGGCCUCCAGGAGUCCGUGAUUCAAGACGAGCAAACAAGGAGAAAAGAAAGGGAAAAGUUCCUCCCGGUCGCACGGCAGAGAGGGGAGGAUUUCUUCGACCGACAGACAUAAGAAAAGAAAAGAGAAGUGAGAGUUUCAUCAACCGGCAGAGCAGCAGGAGUUUUCCUCAGUUCAUCACAGUGACGAGAGCAAAAGCAGCAGAGUUUUUAGAGCACUUGGAAGUGAGACACGGAGCCAACGAAGAAGAGACGAGAACAAGCUUUACUUUGUGGAGGCGGCGAUGGUGGUGGUGAUCGAUGCGGCGACGGUGGCGGCGCGGCGGUGGUGGUAAUGUAUUAUAUCCUUUGUUUCGCGAGUCUCCCUCCAUUUCCAUCUUUCUUAUCUCUCUCUCUCUCUCUCUCUCUUCGCGGCUUGUGCCUCCAUGUUCGUCAGCUUUGUUUUCUCCUUUGUUUUUCUCCUCCCUCUCUUUUUUAGCUCCGGGAUCGAGAGAAGAUGAAGUAAAGAAAGGCAGUGAGUGGAUUUUUUUUUUGUAUAGCUCUCUCCCUCGGCUCCUGCGUUGCUUCCACUUUUAUAACAUGACUGUAUAGUAACUUACGAAUCAAUCUAUUCUCUACUACUUUCAUGCUCUA